AUGGAGUGGCCCGAGUAUCAGGUCGACAAUCCUGUCUACCUCCAAGCCGUACGACCUGGACGUGGUCGUCCCCGCCUCAACUCGGAACACCCUAGUCGCCAACCAUUCUAUGUCCAAGACCAGCAUGGCAUGCUUGUUCCUGCGGCCCCGGCAGGUGCCCAACCUGUAUAUCGCUCUGCCUCCACAAGUCAUCAUCGCCCAGCUUCAGUAGUCAUACAUAACAAAACCUACGGCGAUCACUCACCUGUCCGCGGGCGGCGUGGUUCUCAUGGCCAAGAGUACGAGUACGACGAGUAUAGCGACUACAGCGAGAAUACCCAUUCCCAUAGCCAUAGCCCACGGAGACACCGAUCGCACAGUCAUCACCACCACUAUGAAAGCCGGAGCCCAAGUCCUCGCUAUGUUGACCCCAAACUCGAAGAGCGUAUGAAGAGGUUGGAGGUGCUAGAGAAAGCAGAGGAAGAGAAAGCCCAACGAAAGGCGAUUGAAGAUGCGAAGAAGAUUGAAGAUAUAGAGAAGAAGGAGAAGGAGAAGAAGGCCCGCGAGAGGUAUCAGGAGGAGCAAAUGAUCGAGGCCGAGAAGAAGCGACAGAAAGAAGUGGACGACAAGAAGCGCAGAGAGGAAUAUAUCAAAGAAUACAAUCGUGAGCAAGACGAGAAGAAAAAGAAGGAGGAAAAGAAAAAGAAAGAAGACGAAGAGCAGUGGCGCGAGAUGACGAUAUCAAAAUUUAGGGCAGCAGGAUAUACUGAAGAGAGUAUCGAGAAGAUGAUCACGAAGGCCGACAAGAAAAAGGACAAGGAAAAAAGCGCCCACAAAGACAGCGGGAAGCAAUUGAUGCGCCCAACAUAUAUCAAGGUCAAUAGGAAAUAUAUGAGUACGGAAACUUUGGAUGAAUAUGAAUUACCAUGGGAGUGGGCAGAGGUGAGUCGCGAUCUGAUGAUACACUUACCCACGCAGAAAGCUGAUAUACAUGAUCUGCAGGACAUGGAAUAUAUCAUCAUCAAACGUUGGAUCAACGAGCAUGAUCAAGAGCAACUGUUCAAGCACACUGCCAAGUUGCGUGACAAACACCGGAGAAAGAAGAUCGAGGAUACGGCCGUCGAGCUGAGGAAGGAGAACGGCAAGCUGCAAUUGGUCGAGAAAAGAAAUCAUUCCAAGGGCAGAUCCAGGUCGAGGUCGAGGACGUGGCUUUUCACUUGA